AUGUCAAGAGAACGAGGCUUGGCAUUUAAACCUGCAAUGUCUUUUAAGGACGCUCACGAAUCUCUUGGUGCUGAGGGAACUCAUGGAAAAUCAGUCAACAUGCAGAAAAUUUGGCAGCUUGUUCAGGUGAAGACUCAGCAGCUCGACAGGUUGUUUCGAAGAGGAUGUCACUCGCGAGUCGCGAUAGGUGCAAGACGUCAUUUAGAACGCGGGCAUGAAAAACAUAUAAUGGACACAAUUCAAAGUCACCCUACACAAGCUGCUCUUGGUGGAUCUGUUGGAAAUUUGAAAAGAAUUCGUGCUUUCUUUCGGAUGCACGUAGGCAGCCUCCUGUUGAUACGACUUGGCAACAGAGUGGAUUACAAAAGAUGGUGUGGUGGCUGCAGAGACUGCUGA